GGCAAAACGGCACCCGUUGCAUGCCGGAGUCGCUCGGCGCGCCGGGGCUGCGCAAGAGGACAACAGUGGCCAGGACCGGCGCGAUCUCGAGGAGGUGGUCGCAGAAGCCGACAGGGUGCUGGAGGACAACGGCACGGUGAAAGAGACCAAAGCCGUCUUGCGAAAAGCGCAGAAGAUAUAUCCAGGGAAGUGGACCCUUUCAGGGAAGAAAGACGAGUUGCAACAAAAACUGCGCGAGUUUGUGGAGGAGGCCAAAGCAACCAAAAAGGGCUUGGAAGAGGAUUCCCACAGGGCACAGGUGACAAGCUGGCACCCUGGGCGUGGCGGAGUUGCUUCGCGCGCCAGCCCGCAGCCGGACGCUCCAAUCAGCAGUUGUAAAUUUGGCCGGUUGCAAUCGUGCCAGGACAGUGGUGCGGAGGCCAGGGGCUCGCAUGCGCCAGGCUUGGUUGUUGGUGAGUGCUGGCAGGACUGGCUCGCCAAGAGCCGCGAGGAGGUGGAGGGCUUCAAGAAGGCCCAGGUGUCCAGUUGGGCAGAGGCUGUGUUGAUCGAUGGUGGGCUGGAAGCAGACGACGAGCUCAUCCAGCAAACGGUGACCGCACUGCAGCAGCAGGGCGUCACCGGCAAGUCCCUGCUGGAGCUGACACUGGACGAGCAGAUUGCAGCUGGAAUCCCACUGGGCCCUGCAAAACUGCUGACCAAGAAGAUCCAGUUGUUGCAGGAGCCCCAGGUUGAGCUCCCUCGUUUUAACGCCGCAGAUCUCUCGGACUUGGAAGACCGCUUUUUGAACCGCCGAAUCAACAACAAGAAUGAGAGGCCUUUUGAGGAAAGAGAGGCGGUUGUUGAGAGUGUUGUGGAGCAAAUGGAGGAGAUCCAAAGGAAACAGACCAACAAGCCGACGGUCUUGGCCUUGUCCAGCCCGCGGGGCACCGGCAAGACAUCGCUCAUUCGUCAUUUGGCGAAGGUCUCAAACUUUUCCGAAAGUCGACGGUGCGGGCGGCUCUUGGUAUUUGAUGCGCAAGAAAUUGCAGAGUUAUCGUCGCAGGAAGAUGCCGGUUGGAUUGCUUCUGCCAUCGUCGUGUGGCACCUGUCACAGUUGUUGCACGGGUACAGCAUUGAAGUGAGUGGGCUCGUGGUGAGUUUUCAGCGUAUGGAGUUCAUUGCAGCGCUGAAGGCCGUCAAGCGUGCAUCGACACCAAAUGAGGGACGCAGCAGCUUUGAAGUUUGGCUUCGCGAAUUUUGUCAAGAAAGGAAGGAUGUCUUCGAGCAGUGGCUUCUGGUGACGGCUGCAGCCUUCAAUGCAACACCAGCCUGCCCUUGCUUACUGUUCCUCGAUCAGGCAGAGCUGCUUGUGAACAGAAAGGUCGAUGAACUGAGCCAACAUCGUGGACAGAAAUCGGUCUUCACCCAAAUAUUGAGCCGAUUCCCGCAGGGGCUUGGCAUGUUUUCCGCAGGCACAGUCAAUAUCCUGCAAGAUAGGCCAUCCGACGAGUACACCAUGCUGAAGGUCCAGAAAGCUCCAGCUCUAGAGCCAUUGUCACUGCAAGCUGCCAGACGAGCCAUGAAAGGCUGGAGGGGUACGCAGUACCAGGAGGAGGAAUUCAACAACAUUUACCUCUUCUCUGCCGGGGUACCCCGGCUUUUGGAGGCGGCUUUCCAGACCAGGGGUGAGUUGGCAUCAACUGCUCAGGUUGCACUCAACGCCAUGUCGAAUGAGUUCGAAAGCUCGUACGCGGAUGCAGCGCCUUAUUUCGCUGAGCCCAAAGUGGCUUUGUCGUUGGUUCUUUGCUCGGCGGUUCGAUGGCCUGCAGAAGGCAACCAGUUUGUGCCCGGAACCUCACUAAGGUGGUCAGACAUCUUCAGGGCAGGAGCAGCGUUUCCAAAGAACAAGUCCGUGCUGGUUCCAUGGCUGUGGUGGUGUAAGGAUACCAAUGUCAAAGACGCCCUCCAAAACGACUUGAAACAGCGGAACAUUUCGUUGGAAGGGCUCCUGCCAGAUUUGCUGAAUUACUUGAUAGGGCAGAAAAGGGGCGCCACUGAAAGGGGGCGCCCUUGGGAAGAGCUGGUGGCCAAUUCCCUGGCUGCGCGCUUCCACCUUCACUGCAUAGCAAGAAAUCUGAGUGCUAACGUCACCUGGAUCCCGUUUUUGGAGAUCUACCCUACAGAGGAUCUGCACUUGCGAGCUGUCUUGGAGCCGUUCGAAGUUUGCUGGAGUGAUGGUGUGGAAUACCCGACGGACAAUGAAGCUAGUGUCGAAAGCAAGGUCGGGAAGGCCAUCAAGUCCAACCGGAAUAUCAAGAAUGCUCACCACGACCUUUUGAUCCCUGUGAAGCGGAAGGCGACUCCUAUGCUCGAAUUCAUUGCAGUGCAAUGCUGCUAUGGGUUGCUGAAGAACGCAAGUCAGCUGUCCAAAUCAUGCCAGGACAAGACUAGGAAGCCUCGGAAGGGCAGGAAGGGAGCGCAGGGCAGGAAGCCUCAAAAGGAGGAGCACAGAGACAACCUUGCAGACAUGGCAAAUGCGUUGCUCCAGAUUUGCAGCACAUGUGAAGACGGCAGACAAAAUUUUCAGGACGGCUCUUCCUGGGCCAAACGCCAACAGGAGAAGAGAUACUCUCUCAUGAGUUGUAGGUGUAUAAUCCCAGAGAUGGACGUGUUGCAGCUGCUGUGAGUGCAAAAGCGCGCAAGAGAGAGCAAAGAAAGGGAAGAGAAGGGAAGGGAAGAUUCUUUCCUGUAAACAAGCC